AUGGUUUCCCCUGUAGCAUGUUUGGCUGAUGGCUACAGAUACUCGUCCCUGCGAGAUGAUUAUUGGCAUGUAUCCCAAAGCGAUUAUGUGGGCAGUGCUGAAUGCGACAACAGGGGUCCUUCCGAUGAGCAGCAGUACGAAACCUUGAAUGCUGGCCAUUUGCUUUACCUUGUCUUGGACAGCAAACAUCCGAACCCUUUGUACCGCUCUCCCAUCACGGAACCACAACGUGUGCUUGAUAUAGGGACGGGUCCUGGAACAUGGGCUAUUGAUGUGGCCGACCAGUUCCCUUCUGCCACCGUGUAUGGCGUGGACCUCUCACCACCGCCCACGACUUGGGUUCCUCCCAACUGCUUUCUUCAGGUAGACGAUAUCUUACAAGACUGGACAUGGCAAGAGAAGUUCGAUCUCACCCACAUGCGCCUCUUGCUGGGUGCCUUCUCAGACGCAGAAUGGGCUGAGGUCUACCGGAAAUGCUUUGAUGGCCUCAAGCCUGGAGGAUAUAUCGAACAAGUCGAAUUGGAUGUACGAGUGAUGUCUGAUGAUGGAUCUCUUGACCCUGAUUCACUGUUAGCAGGUUGGGGUCAGAAUUUUCUCGAUUGUGCGCAACGAGCAGGACGUGCGUUAGACACUCAGUUGACCAUGAAGGCCAAGAUUGAAGCAGCUGGAUUUGUCGAUGUCCAAGAACAUCUGUACAAAUGCCCAAUCGGGUCUUGGCCCAAGGAUAAACUCCUCAAGGACGCCGGAAGAAUCAAUUUAGCCCAUUGGAGCUCCGGGCUUGAGGGGUGGGCAAUGUUCUUACUGACGAGAUGGGGAGCUCCAGAGCCAUGGACGGCGGAUGAAGCCAGAGUUUAUGUCGCGAACGUGAGGGAUGAAUUGAAGAAGCCAGGAUUGCAUAUCUGGCAUUACACUCGACGGGUCUGGGGCAGGAAGCCGUGA